CAGAAAUUGGGGAAAACUGUAGAAACCAAAGAUGAGCGAUUUGAACAAAGUGCCAGCAACUUUUACCAACAACAGGCAGAAGGCCACAAGCUGUACAAAGAUCUGAAGAACUUCCUUAGCGCAGUCAAAGUGAUGCAUGAAAGCUCAAAGAGAAUAUCAGAGACCCUGCAGGAGGUCUACAGCAGCGACUGGGACGGGCAUGAGGACCUGAAGGCCAUUGUGGGGAACAAUGAUCUCCUUUGGGAAGACUACGAAGAGAAACUGGCUGAUCAGGCUUUGAGGACCAUGGAGAACUAUGUGUCACAGUUCAACGAGGUUAAGGAGAGAAUUGCCAAGCGGGGCCGGAAACUGGUAGACUAUGAUAGUGCCCGACACCACCUGGAGGCCGUGCAGAAUUCUAAGAAGAAGGACGAGGCCAAGAUGGCGAAGGCAGAAGAAGACUUCAGCAAGGCCCAGGUUGUGUUUGAAGAUCUGAACCAGGAACUCCUGGAGGAGCUGCCUAUUCUUUUUAACAGUCGUAUUGGCUGCUAUGUGACCGUCUUCCAAAACAUUUCCAACUUGAGAGAUGUCUUCUACAGGGAGAUGAGCAAGCUGAACCACAAUCUCUACGAAGUGAUGAGCAAACUGGAGAAGCAGCAUUCCAACAAAGUGUUUGUGGUGAAGGGCCUGUCAAGCAGCAGCAGACGCUCCCUAGUCAUCUCUCCCCCGGUGCAAACCUGCACAGCCUCCAGCCCUGUCAGCCCCAUCACCUCACCUACCAGCCCUUAUGCUCUCUCUGCGACGAGUGAGAGUGAGUCUGUCUCAGCCAAGGGGGAGGAGCUGACAUCUGAGGCAGGGGGAGAGGAUAGCUGCGAGAGCGAAGAGUCCUUAAAGGAUGAGGAAGUGGACGAAGAACAGUCUGAAACAAGCUCUUCAGAGGAGGAUGAGGACGAGGACGAGGAAGAGCCUCUACCAGCCUGCAACGGCCCCACCCCGACCCUAGCCUCUCCUGCAGCUGAGGUCAAGUCCCAGGAGGAAGCUGCCCUGUGCUCCCCAGCUCCGUCUCUGGGCAAAGAGAUGGGCAAGGAGCAUCCUUCUGCUGGGGUAGCAGUUCUCCGCCCCCGCGCAUCGAGCCAGGGAGCGGAGCAGAGCAAAAGAGCCGCAUCCAUCCAGAGGUCGUCGGCUCCGCCCAGUAGGCCUCCACCACCUAAAGCCUCAGGCAGCGGGUCAUGCAGCUCCCCAAGCUCUGCAGAGGGUUCCCAGCCAUGCAUCCCCAGGGCCUCCCCAGACACCUCUUCCAAUCCGGAACCUCCAGAGACCAGAGAAAAGGAAGGCGCUAGCAGCUCGGGCCCAGAAGAGCCAUGUGCCUCCUCCACCAAGAAUACCACCCAGGUAUUCACAAGUGAAAACACAGAACUCUGAAGAGAAACUGCCAAGGACCUAACCUCGUGUGCCCAGAGAAGUUUCUCAAGCAGAGGGCCAAGGGUACAAACCACAUCCAUUCCACAGUCUCAGGCAGUGUGAAUGCGUGCCCUCAGAGACCGGCCAUUGCUGGAGUCUGCACCAGCCUGAGGGAGGAGGGCACCACACACAAGGACCGUUUACCAGAGGCUUGAGCAGUAACAGAAGCGGGGCUGUAAUAAUGCCAAGGAAAAGCUUCUGUAGUCACGUCCACACAUUCAGAGGCCAUGCACCCAGCUAGCCACUCACUUGGCAAAGAGUUAAAGAUGAAACAUUUUUCAGACUACUAAAAUAAAGUGUGGUUUUGACUA